AGAAGCAUCUUCUAGGCCAAUCUGUCAGAAUGUCAUCAUCGCUUUUCGGUGGUAAAGUGGUGCUGGUGACAGGUGGUGGAAGUGGCAUUGGCCGAGCCAUCUGUCAGGUGCUGGCCAGGGAUGGUGCCAGGGUGGUAGUGGCCGACAUCAAUCUCCAGGGAGCCCAGGACACCUUAAGCAUGCUCCCUAAUGCCGGCGACCACUUGGCCCUACCCAUAGACGUAACAAGUCAAGACUCUGUAGACUCAGCCAUCAAGGCUAUCACGGAGAAGUACCAAACUCCUCCCAGUCUCCUAGCCAACAGCGCGGGAAUUACGGCGAAGUUUCCUUUUUUGGAUAUUGAAGAAAAAGCCUUCAUGGACGUGAUAGAUGUUAACCUCAAAGGAACCUUCCUUGUGAGUCAAGCAGUCAUCAAGUCGCUGUUGAAGCAGGAAGCGCUCGGUGUUGUGGUCAACAUUGCCAGCCUUGCCGCAACUACCCACUAUGCUGCCAGCAAGGGUGGUGUGAUGGCCCUCACUAAGUCCAUGGCAGGAGAAUUCGCAAAGAAGGGUGUUCGGGUAAACUGCAUACUUCCUGGUCUAAUCGAUACUCCUCUAGUGAAUAACGUGUCUCCGAAGUUGCUUGCAGCAAUUGCCCUCACUGCAGUGGGAAGAAUUGGACAAGCUGAAGAGGUGGCCGAAGUGGUGGCGUUCCUUCUGUCGGAGAAGAGCAGCUUUAUGGUAGGGUCUUGUGUGGAGGUCUCAGGUGGAUAUGGCAUUUAAUUUGACUCUGAAGGAGACAGGCUCCAGCGUCAGGACGUUAAGGGAACUUUGAGGUUAUCGUCUGCAGUCACAAGAGGUGAAGUAAAUUUUGAAGUAUCCACUGCCAAUGGGAUGAGAAUUUUAAAGAAGCCAUUCCCAAGUCAGUAAAAUACGUGAUAUGGAUUUUGUAUCAGCCACCCCUAACACCAAAAUAAUUAUGAAUAUUGAGGCUACUAUUACCAGCGUCACGAUGUGCCAGGAGCCUUGAGGAGCUUGUCUGACACUUGACAUGAAAAGAACUCUGGGGAUCAAUUUUAUCGGGCAACAUUCAGUACUGAUGAAGAUUUACAAUAAAUUACUAAAAAAGAAUAA